AUGCUCUCGACAUUGAAUCAUACUUCUCCGUGUUUGAGUGUCGUUACCAAGGGUGCUCUUGGAGCGUCGCGAAACGCUCUUGCUGCCUCCUUACCCCGACAUUUCGCCGGUAAGGCUUCUCCUAGUGGUGGUGAAUGGCAGACUAUGGAUGGUUGCACUGCUGUGUGCCAUGUGUCUUAUGCUAUGAUGGAAACCGCCUACAUUUACCCUAUUACCCCCUCGUCCCCUGCUGCUGAGCUUGCUGAGCAGUGGUCAGCGCUCGGUGUGAAGAAUGUGUUCGGUGAUAUCCCCAAGAUAACUCAGAUGCAGUCUGAAGCCGGUGCUGCCGGUGCCCUCCACGGUGCCUUAGCGGCCGGUUCUUCGGCCACGACCUAUACGGCCAGUCAAGGUCUCCUCCUUAUG